AAUUGAAUCAACGCGUUCAGAAGCGACGUUCACAUACAGUCCCCGUGGGUACUAUUUCUCUAUGUCUUUACUUCACAUACCCACUAGUCUGAAAGGUAGAGACCUCAGAAGAGACUGCAGUUGGUGCAUGGCAUGAAGACGCGUUUUGGGGGGACUCGCUGCGCAUGGCACAUUACGCCUGGAUCUGAACCGAAAGGGGCAUCAGAUCUGGGCUCUCAUAGAUAUGGGUGUUAAGAAUGACAAGCGGUUGAGUUUGCAGGAGUAAAGCGUCGGGGCGCGCAUUCCUGGUCUGCGUUAGGGAAUGUGGUGGAUCUCCUUUGGCGCGACGCUUUCGGAUGCGCGAUGCUGGAUGAGAUGAAAUCCCGGGCCAAGUCUGGGCGCUUAACGUGAUACUACAGAUCCGAGCUCCCUAAACCAAAUCGUCUGCACCUCGCACGUUAAAGGGGAUUCCGCGGAAAGUUGCGCAAUGGCUCUCGUCAUGGAACCUGUUAGUAAAUGGAGCCCCAGUCAAGUUGUGGACUGGAUGAAAGGUCUGGAUGACUGCUUGCAGCAAUAUAUAAAGAACUUUGAACGGGAGAAGGUGGGAGGCGAUCAGCUGCUGAGGAUCACCCAUCAGGAGCUGGAGGAUCUUGGAGUUUCCCGCAUAGGACAUCAAGAGCUGAUCCUGGAAGCUGUGGACCUGCUGUGCGCUCUGAACUAUGGUCUAGAGACAGAAAAUCUGAAAACACUCUCGCACAAGCUCAAUGCCUCUGCCAAGAACCUGCAGAACUUCAUCACGGGCCGCAGACGAAGCGGCCAUUACGACGGCCGGACGACCCGCAAGCUGCCCAACGAUUUCUUAACCUCUGUGGUGGAUCUCAUCGCGGCGGCUAAAAGUCUCCUAGCCUGGCUGGAUAGGUGUUACUUUUUUUGCAGGUCACCAUUCGCUGCCGUAACAGACUAUUCUGUGACCCGGAACAAUGUGAUCCAGUUGUGCCUGGAACUCACUACUAUAGUACAGCAGGACUGCACCGUCUAUGAAACUGAAAAUAAGAUCCUCCAUGUGUGUAAGACUUUAUCUGGAGUGUGUGAUCACAUCAUCUCACUCUCAUCAGACCCACUGGUAUCCCAGUCAGCGCAUCUGGAGGUGGUUCAGCUGGCUAACAUCAAACCCACCGAGGGUCUGGGAAUGUAUAUUAAAUCCACAUAUGAUGGACUUCAUGUUAUAACAGGAACCACAGAGGGGUCUCCAGCCGACCGCUGUAAAAAGAUCCAUGCAGGGGAUGAGGUCAUCCAGGUGAACCAUCAGACCGUAGUGGGCUGGCAGUUGAAAAACUUGGUAAGCUCUCUGCGUGGGGACCCCGCCGGUGUGACAUUGACCUUGAAAAAACGCCCUCAGAGCACGCUCACCUCCGCCCCAGCCCUACUAAAGAACAUGAGAUGGAAGCCCCUGGCCCUGCAGCAGCCGGUUGUUCCCAGGAGUCCCACCAGCAGCUCAGCCACGCCCACAAGUACAAUCAGCACACCCUCAAAGCGGGAUAGCUCCGCCCUCCAAGACCUCUAUAUCCCGCCUCCUCCCCCUGAACCGUAUACACCCAGAGAUGAGAAAGUUGGUCUCUCUGGUGAAGGCGGGCAGCUUGUUGCAAAAGGCUCAGAAUCUCCAAACUCAUUCCUGGAUCAAGAGUACAGACGUCGAUUUCCCUUGAUGGAAGAGGAUGCUGUCCUUUACUGCUACGAGUACGACCCAAACCACGGACCAACAACGUCCCGUCGAGACAGCACACCCACUUACGGUCGAUUGAGGCCCAUCUCGAUGCCUGUAGAGUACAACUGGGUUCCUGACUAUGAGGACCCAGCGAGACUGAAGAGAGAAGGUCGGAGAGAAAACUCUUUGCUGCGAUAUGUAAGUGAGGAAAAGGCUGCUGAUCUGGCAGUAAGGAGCAUGAAGAGAGACACGGGAAAGCGCACCAAGAAAAAGAGCGAAAAGAGCGGAAGCCCGGCCCACUACGCUCUCCUUCCCACCCUUCAGAUGGAAGUACUCCGUCAGGAAUCCAUGAACACGCCUAAUCCAGACUCCGCCUCUCUUUACCAUACAUUCCAGGGAUCCUCUCUGUUAUCCAAGACCAAGAAAAAGAAUAAAGCAGGUCCACUGUCUUCUAUCAGUAAAAGACGAAUCUCCUGUAAAGACCUGGGCCGUGGAGAUUGUGAGGGCUGGCUGUGGAAGAAGAAGGAUGCAAAGAGCUAUUUCUCUCAGAAAUGGAAGAAAUACUGGUUUGUUUUGAAGGACACCUGCUUAUACUGGUACAUGAAUGAGGAGGACGAGAAGGCCGAAGGGUUUGUUAGCCUGCCAGAGUUUAAGAUCGACAGAGCUAGCGAAUGUCGCAAGAAAUACGCAUUUAAAGCUUGCCAUCCUAAAAUCAAGAGCUUCUACUUUGCCGCCGACGGCGUGGACGAUAUGAACAGAUGGUUGAGUCGUCUCAAUAUGGCAGCUGCCGGCUAUGCGGAGAGAGAGAGGAUCCGUCAGGAUAAAGACUACUGGAGUGAAAGUGAACACGAAGACAAUGAAACGCCCUCAACGCCCAAGCAAGACAGCCCGCCGCCCCCUUAUGACACAUACCCUCGACCACCCUCAAAUCAGGUCAGCUGUGCCAGUCCUUACCUGGAACCGAAGCACGGUCGCCUCUCAUCCACUGAAACCUCCCAAUCCCGAUCUUCUCACGAAGAAUACCGCUCUGAACCUCAAGGGGGCAGCAGCAGCGGAGGGGGUUCGCCCGCUCGAAAGUCCACAAGCCAGCGGCGUUCGUGGCAGGACCUGAUUGAAACCCCCUUGACCAGUUCUGGCCUUCACUACCUACAGACCCUUCCUCUAGAGGACGCUGUCUUUUGUGAACCGGGGGCGGGUCUGUCUCCAGAAUAUCGUCGGCAGUCCACCCUGCCUGCCCAGCGCACGUUGAUGCAGGAUCAUUAUGGCCCCUUCCCCAUGGUUGAGGGGGAGAGGCUCAGAGACCCCCACGCCGUGGUCGGGAAACCCCGCAGCUUCACCCUGCCGCGAGAUAGCGGCCUGCAUGCCCUCCUCACGCCAUCCGCCAGCAUGGCGGACCAGCGGGACCCCAAUCGCAGGGAGCUCAGCCGUAGUCACUGCAUCAACAAUGGCGGGGAGCAGGAGUGCCACGGGCAGCCGGAUUCGCUUGGUGAUUUGUAUCGGGCGCUGGAGCGUGCCAGUCUGUCGCCCAUUGGUGAGCAUCGCCUUUCAACCCGUCUGGAGUACAAACACCUUUUCAUCCGGCGUUGCAACGAUCCGCAGCUAAAUGAAAAAGUGCAUCAUCUUCGCAUCCUGCAGAGCACGCUAAAGGACAGGGAGGGCGAGGUAGCAAUGAUUGACAAGCUGCUGGCCAAUCCAAAGCUCACAUCCUCAGAGUUCCAGGAAUGGAAGAAAGUUUACAUGGAGCUGUUUGCAGAAGAGCCGCAGCGGGACCGUCAGCCGAGCCCUGCCUCCGAGCCCAGCCCUGCGGCCACACCUGAGCUCGCCCCUCGCACGCCCUCCCUUUCACAUACACACUCUUACAUUGAGACUCACGUUUGACAUACACAAACGCAUAUUUAGACUUUACUUGUCGAUCACUUCACAAAAUAGUUUGAAGAACGUUUCACUCGAUUUUGCUUUCAUUGACCUUAGUCAGGGUGGAAGUUCAAGCAAAAGCGAGGUGUGAAUUAGUGUUUAUAGUCUUACUGCAGGUGUAGAUGCCAUAUUUAAAUAUAUACAGUAACACGUCUUACGCUGCCUUUCUACUGCACAUGAGAAACAACAGCUGAUAAACCGGAAGACAUUCGUCCUAUGAAGAGCUGCAUGGGAUUGUAAUCAUCUUUUCGGAUCCUAUACUAGCUUUGGAUGCGUUAAAAAUAUAAUGUAAUCGAGCGACUAGAUCGUAUGUGACACGCAGGACGGAAGUGAUGUAUUUCAGUGUAUUCCAAUAUGUGCAUUAAAAUCUGUUUUUGUAUAAUUUUACUGCAGAUUCUCACCUUACUUUUGCUUGAACUCACCCAUCCUGACCGGAAUCACAGGGUCGUCAUCUACAUAUGCUUUAAACACUUUGUUUAACACAUUGUUUACAUGGGUACAAAUAGCUGUACAAACAAAGCCCUCUAGGUGCCCCGAAUCCCUACCCGCAAGCUUCGGAGUACACCAUACCUGCACACGGGGUUACCAUGGUUACCAGCCCUCCGACGGCUCAGACGAGAAGAGAAAAUGCGGUUACAGCAAGAAUAAACCUGGCCCACCUCUAAACAGGAAGCCAAUGUAGAACCAGCAAACUGAGCACUUGGAAAUAAAACCUGUCGACAAAACAGAGAUGCACUGACAGCAGCAAAUGCGUUUGAACCCUAAAAACACUUACAGUACUCUCACUUUGUUGUUCUGCUGUACUUGUGGUUUUGUUUGCCUGACUUUAAAAAGCAUAUAUCAUAACAAACGCACACACACUCAGACAUAAAUAAUCAUGUUUAUAUGCCUCAAUAUAUACUCUAUUGUAUUAUAAUACUAUAUAUUUAUGAACUGCGGUUACACAUCGGCUGGCCCCGACUUAUAGCACUUGUACAUUUGUGUGGAAGGUGUGCGUGUGUGCAUGAUCAUAAAACACAAUUGCGUUUACCUCAUCUCACCAGAAUCUUUGCAGAGUGUUUGUCAUACAAGCAAUUUAAAUGAUGUUCUGUUAGCUUAAUCAAAAGCAUCUGUGUAAUGUUGUCACGUACCACAGAAGAUCAUUUUGCCUCAUCCCUCAGAAAAGUAAUGCACUUACAGUAUAAUAAUGCAAUGGAAAUCAAUAUGGCCAAAAUAUUACGGAGAAUCACGUCACAGAAAUGCAAAACUCUUUUUUGUUUUAAAGCUGCAAUCUGUAUAUUUUGCAUUUAUAGUUAAAACUGCAGGUUACGUAACUUACUUAUCUUUACGUGUGUUGAAGUCAGAUGGCAUUAAAAUGACAUUUCCAGUCAAAUCCAUAGACUGUAAAAAAGAUGGACGACGCCUGUUCGCUCUCUUCCAUUGGUGAAAAUUGAAGCCGCCAGUGUCACAAUUAUAGACUGUAAAAAAAGAUGGACGACGCGGGGUUUAUGACUUGUACUGCAGCCAGCCACCAGGGGGCACACCCGGUCCCGAUACGGCGCUGACAUCUUGGGUCUUAAGUCUGCGCAGUAGCGAUUUCGGGACCAGUCCUGCGCAGUAGUGAGCAGGAAGUUAAUCCGCGAAAUCAAGGCCCCGCCCUCGCUCUCGCAGAAUGCGCAUAACACAGCUGUCAAUCAUGACGUCACACCACCAUUUUUAUAGCAUUAAAUAACUAACUAAACACAAACUUAUUUUAAACUUCAGUAAAUGACAGAAACCAGCUUCGGAAAAAAUUGAAGUGUAAUUAAAUUGUUUAGUUGGUCUCAAGUCCCAUUGAAUAACAUGGGGGAGGUGGGAUUUAUGACCUAUACUAGGACCAGUCACUGGGGGGCGAUCGAGACAUUUUGGCUUUACUUUUCAGGGCUUGUGUAGCACGCUUGGUCAAAUCGUACACGACAGCAAAUUAUAAAUCAUUAUUAUAUCUCAACGUUGUAAAUCAAAGAGAUUGAGACUAGCUGCGUUUCCAUUACCCUUCAAAUUGCGAAAAUUUAAUUAGCGAAUUUAAAUUGUGAAUUUAAAUAGCAUCCAAUGGAAACAGCAAUUUCUAAUAAACUCCCAUGUAUUGCAAAAAAAAAAUUGGGAUAUGUGGUUUCUCAGUCAAUUUGAAAAACGAAUAUAUUGCAAAACUGCAAUGGAUUUUUUUUAUUUACAGGCCACCUGACGGGCGUAAAAGUCACAUGAGCAUUCUUUAAAUAUGGCACAGUAUGUUUGAUUGGAGGACACAACAGACGAAGUGUGGUUGACUUCAUGCGCCAGAACUAAAAAGCACAUGACAUCUAAAUACAGGGAUAGCGAUUCGGAAGUCGACUGCUUUGUAGGCUUUUGAGUCGCAUAUUUUGAUGUAUUUUAAAUGUCGGUCUGCAUGGAGCCGUAUGAAGUCGAAGACACCCGACGCCAUGGUUUUUGGAAUGACUUAUUGAGAGAAAACAAAAUUAAGUUUUAGUCUCAUAACAUCAAUUAAUAGGAACAUUUUCAUUUUGCAACAUUUAAAAUAAUAACACUAAAGUUUUGCGCAAAUCUUUAAUUGAAAUGCAGCUACUGAUUUCUUAUGCCCCAUUCAGACUACUAGAGACUUUCUCAGUGCAUGUCACCUGUCUCUUUCAAUAAGUUUCUUACUUGGCGUUCCUAAUUUUGGUCGUCAUAAACAAACAAGUAUCGUCCACUGCAGUGACUGACAAGAGACAGACAAUGUGAGCGCCACUGGUUCACUUUCAUUGGUAGUCGCUCCUGAAAGUCGCACAUGAUUUGCAUAAAGUUAAACUUUCCUCAACUUUGUCUUAUAGCUGGACACGCCCCCUUCGCUCGUGUCGCCAGGAAGUCGUCAAGCUUCCAAAAGUAGUUACGGAUUUCAGCUUUAAUUCCUCAGUCCUAAAAAAACAUCUGUUAUUUAAACCAUAUAUAACAUUUUGUGUCAAUGCUCUGUAUAUUUUAGGUUUACACAAAUUUUAUUUUACGUGCAUUACCGUAAACACAAUUUUUGCUUGUUUUUACUAAAUUAGUAACGAGCCUAAAUCAUUUUAUGUGAUAAUUGACAACAUGCCACAAAUGCUAUACAUAGCGCCUAUCUUCUCUGAUAACAGAUGAGCAUUCAGUGAAGUGUGUGGGUUUUGAUAAGAAAGAAAUUGCACAGCCGUGAUUAUCUGGUAAAGCAUUACAGUAUCUUACUUGAGGCAGAUUGGAAAGUUUUUUCCUCCACCACAGCUCCUGAUAUUGAAAUUAUCGCACAUGAGAGAUCAUAAACAAGAAGUAAACGUGGUACUCCCAGCAAAAAUUGCAUCCAGUUGGGCCAGCACUGACAAAUCGUGCUCAUGUUCAUUGCAUAGACAUUUUACACCGUUAAUCUGAGAGACCUCUUUUAUUGGAUCGUGGACUAUUUCCACAGUUUUAGGGAAUAAAAUGGACAAUAUGUUUUAGUAUAUUGCACAACUUUGCACAGCAUAGUUGUUCCUACAAGCUGCCAUGCAGCAUCGCUCUGCUCAACACAUCUGUGAACAUCUGUGCCAAGUUAACAGUGCGUUUUAAUGACAACCGAGGUCAUAAAGAAGCAUCAACGGCCAAGGGACUCGCCACAAGGCUCAUCCGAGCAAAGCUAUUGCCCUGAUAUCACCCCUACAAAUGUUUGAAGCAGCAACUUCUGUUAUGAAAUGUACGUCAAUGUCCAUUUCUUCAAACUAGCAGAGCACAAACUUCUCUUGCUGCAUGGCUUGUAGAUAUAACACGGUCGUAUAUCUGCUGUGUUUUUGGUUUUGUUUUUAAACCGAAGCUGCCAAAUGAUUUGAUAUCAUUGUUUAAAUUGUUCAAUUGAAUCAGAAAGGCUGUGUAGACCGAGCUCUCAGGCUUUUUAUGUGAGAUUCAGAACACACUGAAUGUUAAAUUGUAUGAUGUGUAUUAUAUAAUGUAUAUUUCAGGUAUGACUCUGGUGACAUACUGUAUUAGAGCACAUUUUAUUCUGUAUGUAAUCUAAGACGAUAUUUGCUUGAUUAUGACUGAGUGAUUCUGGUG